GUAAUCUGCAUGUGUGUUGUGUUUUGUGUGUGGCGAGAAUGUGCCGGUGGCGUGAAUGCCGCUGGAGAUUUCGACCGGAGACAGUGACGGCUAGUGCAUGCAGAGCUUGGUAAUAGUAUGAGUCAUUGACAGCGGACAAUUAGUUGUUGGGAACUGUCGUUCGUUCAUGGAGCACUUGUGAACCCCUCGCCGAAGGGGAAUACUCGGCUUGCAGACAUUGGGCGCAUCGCGAGCAAGCACGUAAAAGUGACCGUAUCGGGGAAAAAUUCUGGUGGUAAAGAUAAAACGGUCACGAAUCACAGGAAAGUGAAAGGUGCACUGGCGGCUGUCCCUGUCGCUCCCUCUGAGAACAACAUGAACCACAUAGUGGAGCCAGAAAGUAAAGAACCAGAUCAAGACAGCAUUUAUAACAGUGUUGAAGACAUGGAAACUCAGGAAGCGGACUCGACAGAGGCGCUGGACGAGACGGAGCGGGCGGCCGUGGAGCCGGCGCCGGACGGCGGCGCGCGGCCGGAGCAGCUGAACGGCGACACGGACGUCUGCCUGGUCACCACCACCCAGGACGCUGAGAUGGAGGAGGACGAGGCACGCUCGGAGGCGACGUUCUCGUUCUCGGUGCCCAACUUCAGCAAGCUGAAGGAGUCGGUGUUCUCGCCGCCGUGCUUCGUGCGCAACCUGCCGUGGAAGAUCAUGGUGAUGCCGCGCACCAAUCCCGGCCAGGACCGCAAGCCGCAGCGCAGCCUCGGCUUCUUCCUACAGUGCAAUGCCGACUCGGAGUCGGCCUCCUGGAGCUGCCACGCGAGCGCCGAGCUGCGGCUUCUUUCUGUGAAAGAGGGCGUGGACGACUUCAAUAGAAAGAUUACCCACCUGUUCUACAGCAAGGAGAACGACUGGGGCUUCAGCCACUUCAUGACCUGGAACGAGGUGCUGGACGAGGAGAGGGGCUACAUCAAGAACGACACCAUCACACUGCAGGUCAAGGUGAACGCUGACGCGCCGCACGGCGUCAGCUGGGACUCCAAGAAGCACACCGGCUACGUGGGUCUCAAGAACCAGGGCGCCACCUGCUACAUGAACUCGCUGCUGCAGACGCUCUUCUUCACAAACACCAUACGCAAGGCGGUGUACAAGAUGCCGACGGAGAACGACGACUCGUCCAAGUCGGUGGCGCUGGCGCUGCAGCGCGUCUUCUACGAGCUGCAGUUCUCGGACAAGCCGGUCGGCACCAAGAAGCUGACCAAGUCGUUCGGCUGGGAGACCAUGGACUCGUUCAUGCAGCACGACGUGCAGGAGUUCCUCAGAGUGCUGUUGGACAAGCUGGAGACCAAGAUGAAGGGCACGUGCGUGGAGGGCGUCAUCCCCAAGCUGUUCGAGGGCAAGACCAUCUCCUACUGCCGGUGUAAGCACGUCGACUACCAGUCCAGCCUCACCGAGACCUACUACGACAUCCAGCUCAACAUCAAGGACAAGAAGAACAUAUACGAGUCGUUCAAGGACUACGUGGAGCCGCAGACACUGGACGGCGACAACAAGUACGCGGCCGGUGAGCACGGCCUGCAGGAGGCCGUCAAGGGCGUCAUCUUCGAGACGCUGCCGCCCGUGCUGCACCUGCACCUGAUGCGCUUCCAGUACGACCCCAUCACCGACAGCAGCGUCAAGUUCAACGACCGGUUCGAGUUCCCGGACGUGCUGCACCUGAACGCGUUCCUGCAGGCGCCGGACAGCACGCCGGCGGCCGACUACGUCCUCCACGCCGUGCUCGUGCACUCGGGCGACAACCACGGCGGCCACUACGUCGUCUUCAUCAACCCCAGGGGCGACGGCAAGUGGUGCAAGUUCGACGACGACGUGGUGUCGCGCUGCACGCGCCAGGAGGCGAUCGAUCACAACUUCGGCGGCCAGGACGAGGAGCUCAACCUGACCGUGCGACACUGCACCAACGCCUACAUGCUGGUCUACAUCCGCAAGUCGCUGCUGGCCGAGGUGCUGCAGGAAGUGACCGAGGACGACAUACCGCUGGAGCUGACGGAGCGGCUUCAGGAGGAGAAGCGGCUGGAGGCCAUCCGCAGGAAGGAGCGCAACGAGCAGCAUCUCUACAUGCCCGUCCAGGUGGUGCUGGAGGACAGCUUCGAGGGUCACCACGGACCCGACCUGUUCGACCCGGAGAAGGUCAACUACCGCACGUUCCGCGUCAAGAAGUCGGCCACGCUGCAGGAGAUGAUGGAGCUCUUCUCCGAGAGCCUGAAGAUCCCGGUGGACCAGCUGCGGCCGUGGCCGAUGACCAUCCGCACCAACCAGACCAACCGGCCCACCGUCAUCGACAUGGAGGGAGACCUCCUCAAGAAGGUGUCGGACCUGGCCGACUCCACGUCCGCCUGGACGCUGUUCCUGGAGACGCUGCCGGCCGACCGGCCGGCCGGCGCCACGCUGCCGCCCUUCGACAAGGAGAGCGACGUGCUGCUGUUCUUCAAGCUGUACGACCCGCGCACCAAGCAGAUCCACUACUGCGGCCAUCAGUACAUCGCCAUCACCAGCAAAGUCCGGGAGCUGGUGCCGCUGCUGAACGAGCGCGCGGGCUUCCCGGCCGACACGGAGCUGCAGCUGUACGAGGAGCUCAAGCCCAACUACGUGGAGCGGCUGGAGGAGCUGGAGACGUCGCUGGACAAGGCGCUGGAGGAGCUGAUGGACGGCGACAUCAUCCUCUUCCAGAAGGCCGAGCACGACCCGUGCGACGGCGAGCUGCCGACCGUCGAGGACUACUUCAAGGACCUGUUCUACCGCGUGGAGGUGACGUUCUGCGACAAGACGGCGCCGUCCGACCCGGGCAUGGUGAUCGAGCUCUCGCAGCGCAUGAACUACGACCAGAUGGCGCGCGCCGUCGCCCUCCGGCUCGGCACUGACCCCUACAUGCUGCAGUUCUUCAAGGCGCAAAACUACCGGGAGGGCCCCGGCAACGCGCUGCGCUGCACCUACGAGGGCACCCUGAAGGACCUGCUGGUGGGCUACAAGCCGCGCCAGCCCAAGCGCAUCUACUACCAGCAGCUCUCGAUCCGCAUCAACGAGCUGGAGAACAAGCGACAGGUCAAGUGCAUCUGGGUUGGUCCGAAGCUGAAGGAGGAGAAGGAGCUGGUGCUGUACCCGAACAAGGACGGCACGGUGGGCGACCUGCUGGAGGAGGCGGCCAAGCAGGUGCAGCUGGCCGACGGCGGCUCGGGCCAGCUGCGCCUGCUCGAGGUGGUCGGCCACAAGAUCCUCAGCGUCGUCAAGGAGCUUACUGCGCUCGACACGCUGCCGGUCGGCUCGGCCAAGGUGUACCGCGUGGAGGAGACGCCGCGGGACGAGCUGAAGCUCGAGGAUGACGAGCUGCUCGUGCCGUGCGCCCACUUCCAAAAGGAGAUCUUCUCCACGUUCGGCGUGCCGUUCCUGCUCAAAAUCAAAGACGGUGAGCCGUUCUCGGCGGUCAAGGAGCGGAUACAGAAGCGGCUCGAGGCGCCCGAGAAGGAGUUCGAGAAGUUCCGGUUCGCGGUCGUCUCGCAGGGCACGCAGAAGUUUGUGCCCGACGACGCCGACUGGCACCUCAACAUGCAGGACAUACGACCGAAACUGAGCGCAGCAGGCUCACCGACGCUGGCCGUCUCGUGGCUGGGCCUGGAGCACGUCAACAAGACGCCAAAGCGCUCCCGGUACAACUACCUGGAGAAGGCCAUCAAGAUCUACAACUGAGCGCCGGCGCCGCCGCUGCAGGCGUCUGUACAGUGUUGAGCAUUGGGGAGCGCGCGCCUGUCGGCGCACCCUCCGUCGAAGCUGUGAUUACCCCUAGAUAGUUGUGCGCGUGCGUGUGCGUGGAGAGGAGCUGCCGCGCCCCGCGCGCGCGCGCCGGAGCGUGGGAGCGAUCUGAGGCCGACCGACCCCACCGCGGGGCAGAGGGGGCGAGCGAGCGAGAGAGAGCGGGCUGAGAGCGAGCCGCGCCGGUUCUGCGCCGCCGGCGCCGAAAUUUGACCCAGCCGGGCCCGGGAUGGCGCACCGGCCGGCGGGGUGCCACCGCACUUUGUUUUUACCUCCUAUUGCUGCUCGUCGCGUUCCUUACAAACAAUGUGAUCGUGUUUGCCGUCGAUGAUUUGCGCGCGCCGUCGGCGCGGCGGCUGCACGUCUGUUCGCAGCGCCGCCCGGCGGCCGGACGCCGAAAUGAAAGUUAUGCGCGGUGCCAAGAGCGGCGCCCGACCUCCCGUUCCGUUCUGAGUUGUGUUCAUUCCAACAAAUUCUGAGGCAGCCAAGUCUAAAAACACCAAGUGCUAUGUUUUUAAUAAUAAAUUAUGACAAAUUGAU